UUGGUAGCGUAAGUACGAAUGUUACCCGCCGAACACAAACAAGGAUAUCCCCGAAGCAUAACCCUCUCUCUCUCUCGUUCUCUCGGGAACCCUCUGUUGAUCGAAUAUUUUCAAGGUUGCUGUUACAUAAGGAACUUUGACUGCAAAUCUCCUUGAGACAUAAAGAAGGGUGAACUACAACAGGAAUUAUGACAGAAAAAGAGAGUGGAUCUGUCCUUCAAUUUGCACCCUUCCAAAGUGCUGUUGAUGAGGGUUUCUGGCAUAGAUUAUCUUCACUAAAGCUGAACAAGUUCGGUAUUGAUGAAUCCCCCAUCCCGAUAACUGGUUUCUACACACCUUGCACAAAUUCUCGAGUAUCAAAUCAUUUAAGCCUUAUUGCUGAAUCCCUGCCACCUGAACAAAGUGAGCAGUCAUCUGUAACAACAAACGUAGGCAACAGGAACAGAUGUUCUGUCCCUGGCAUUCUAUACAAUACAAAUACGUUUGAGGGUUUCCAUGCCCUCAACAAACAGGGGUUGCUAAAGGCAGAAGCACAGAAGGUUUGGGAUGACAUUCAUUCUGGAAAAGCUGAGGAGGACUGUGCAGUACUUUCAAGGUUCCUUCUUAUAUCAUUUGCAGACCUUAAGAAGUGGAGCUUUCAUUACUGGUUUGCUUUCCCUGCUCUGGUGCUUGAUCCUCCUGUGACCUUGGUUGAUUUGAGGCCAGCUUCCCAGUGGUUGAGCCUAGAGGAGGCUGAGUCACUGUCAGCAGCUUGUAAUGAGUGGCGCAGCUCACGUGUAACGACAGAUGUGCCAUUUUUUCUGGUCUCUAUUGCUUCAAAUUCACGUACUACUAUUAAACAUCUGAAGGAAUGGACAUCAUACCAACAAGAUGGCAAUAAGUUCCUAUUUGGCUUUUACGACCCAUGUCAUCUUCUGACAAACCCCGGUUGGCCUCUUCGCAACUUCCUUGCGCUUAUUGGUUCAAGAUGGAACCUCGAGAAGGUUUGCUUCUUUUGCUAUCGUGAGAAUCGUGGAUUUGCUGAUCUCAGCUUGUCCCUCAUUGGUGAAGCCUUGCUAUCAGUUUCACAAGGCUUUCUUGAACACAAGAACAAUAUUUGUUCAGGGUGGAAAGAUACUCAACAUGUGCCUAAUGCAGUGGGAUGGGAGUUUAACAGAGGGAAGAAGGUGCCAAGAUGUAUUAGCCUUGCUCAAUCCAUGGACCCAAAAAGGUUAGCAAUAUCGGCAGCAGAUUUGAAUUUAAAACUUAUGAGGUGGCGUGCUUUACCCUCUUUGAACUUAAACAUCUUAUCUGCAACUAAGUGUCUUCUGUUAGGGGCAGGUACACUUGGAUGCCAGGUUGCUCGCAUGCUUAUGGCUUGGGGUUUUCGGAAAAUAACACUGCUCGACAGUGGCAAGGUGGCCAUGUCUAAUCCACUGAGGCAAUCUCUUUACACAUUGGAGGACUGCCUCAAUGGUGGCAAUUUUAAAGCAAUAGCAGCAGUUAAAAGUCUCAAAAGAAUCUUUCCGGCUGUGGAAGCUGAAGGUGUUGUGAUGGGAAUUCCAAUGCCUGGGCAUCCAGUGCCUAGCCAAGAAGAGGACAGUGUGCUUCAGGAUUGCAGACGGCUACAAGUUUUGAUUGAUUCUCACGAUGCUAUUUUCUUGUUGACUGAUACUAGGGAGAGUCGAUGGCUCCCUACUCUUCUCUGUGCAAAUUCUAACAAGAUCGCUAUCACUGCAGCUUUAGGGUUCGAUAGCUUCUUGGUUAUGCGUCAUGGCGCUGGUCCUAUUAGCACCAUUAAUGACUUUAAAGCUGAGGAUAUGAUAACUUUGGCUGCCGAAAUGGGAAAUUUCUCCCUGAUAGAUGGAGACAGAGAGCCAAGAUUGGGUUGUUACUUUUGCAAUGACGUGGUCGCCCCUGUUGAUUCAACUGCCAACCGUACUUUGGACCAGCAAUGCACAGUGACGCGUCCAGGGCUUGCACCUAUUGCUUCAGCACUUGCUGUCGAACUUUUAGUUGGCAUUUUGCAUCAUCCUCAUGGGAUAUGUGCCAAAGCUGAGUUUGCCAACUCCACGGAUAGUGGAAGCACUGAGCAACCUCUUGGUAUUUUACCGCAUCAAGUUCGCGGAUCGCUCUCACAGUUUUCUCAGAUGACACUUGUGGGCCACGCCUCGAAUAGUUGUACUGCCUGUUGCACCACUGUAGUAUCAGAAUAUCAGAAAAGAGGGAUGGAUUUCGUUCUUCAAGCCAUUAAUCAUCCUACCUAUCUGGAGGAUCUCACUGGACUAACGGAGCUGAUGAAGUCCGCGAGCUCUUUUCAGUUGGACUGGGAUAAUGAGAUGGAUGAUGAUGAUUGUAUUGAAAUCUAGGGUGUUUUUUUGUUAAAGAAGUCUUUAAUACUAUCUGCUGCAAUACGUUGCCAAUUGUACAGAAACCGAAUGCGAAAGCAACUUAAAUUCACCUAAUUCGCCAUUUCCACA